CUUACCGCGUCCGAAAAAGUGGUCUCGGAUUCCCGCCCGACGACGGCACAAAAGUGUCACACUGUCGUCGGCCGCGAAUCUGGCCGUAGUUCAGGUGCCCGACUUUCGUUCGCAGAUCCUCGAAUUUCUGGGGUCGGCCUGCAGAAGUAGGGACGACGCCACGGGACAGCGCCUUCUCGUUGGAGUGCUCGGCGACUGUUUCGAACGGCUGCUGGCGCGGCCGUCCAAGCGGAGCACCCACUACGUUUCCCUGCUCGGAGAGCUGCGUCGGGUGCCGGACCUGGUGGACUGGGACGCCUUCCGCCAGCGCGUCGUGCCUUACCUCGAGCCGGGAGGUGCGGAGGACCCGGCGCCGGACGAGUUUUUUCCCGUCAGGGUCUCAAUGGCAGUGCGUUCGAGCAUGUCGGCGCAACACCAUCUUCACACGGCUCAGAUGCUCAUCCGCCUUUUAGACAAGGCCUGCACUCGGCUAAACGGUGCGAGAAAAGAAAGGCUGCUCGACUUCUUGGACACCUACCUCUUGGAAGUCCUUGAUCCUGGCAGCAGUCUUUACGAAGACAAACAUUGGGCGGUGCUUGAGGAAGCCGCAAGGAGUUGCUCCGGUCUGUGCAGAGCUGCCCUGUGCCAAUUACUGAGGAAAAGGAAACUGGAGAACACCCGACUUUACAAAGCAGUCUGGGCAGCAACCAGCAAGGAUCCGCUUCUGUUUGGCGCCGAAAAGUGGGACGACGAGUGCGCCAGGUUGAGUGCCGAGCACCAGGGCUGCCCACUGGAACAGUUGACUCUGCCUUACUUUGCUCAGUGGCUUGCUGGUGCCACAUGGGACGAAUGGGAGCUCCUCUUGGAACGUGCGGAGGCAAUGCUACGCUUCGGAGAGGACGGUCCUGUAACCGCCGUCGACGUGGUCAAGUUCCUCACCCUCUGCCUCGCCGGCUGCAAGCGGUUCCUGGUGGUGGGAAACUGGUGCCACCUCUUUUCCUGCUUUGCAAAGGUGGUCACGAAAUUGCUGCAGCGAGAGGAAAAAGCCAUCGACGAGGACAUCUGCGCAGUUCUGGUGGAACUUGCGUUCUGCCUCUGCCUCGUUCCAGAGCAGUGCCAGAGGCAGGCCGUUGUUCUCCUGCUCGACGCAGUUCAGCUGCUCGAUUCAGCGGACCUCAAGGGUCGUCUUUCGGAGCCGCUGAAAGCAACGCUCACCGCUCAGGACUCUUCGCCCAAAACAUUCUCAGGCGCAAUAGAUCGCCUGGUUCGGAGCUUCGGAGAGAAACUAAAUUUUAAGGAGUGCUAGUUGGAAGAAACGUAAGCUGUGUUCGGUGAAUUGCCAAGUGUACAGACUGCAGCGGGUAUUGCUCGUACAGGGUACCGUUUUCUUGCACCCUACCGCAUGAAUAAAAGGAGGCUGUGCCCAGGGUUAUCCCUCUCUCUCCAUAAACAGUCCCAACCUGUCCAAAAUUUGUGCCACUCAGGCUCUCGUCCCGAAUUCCAACUUCAAGGUGAUACUGUUGCAGAGACCCUGAUGACCUAUCAGCUUCAGAGGCUUGAACAGAAGCUAUAUCCUGUUGCAGGUUAACCUCCUGCAAAUUCGUCCACUCUUUUCACUUUAGCAGAGUGAAUGCUGGAUAGGAGGUGGGUUCACUUGCCUCCUCUCCAGCAUUCAGUCUGCUGAAGUAGAGAGAGCUCGUCCCACUUUUUUUUAACCUGCAACGGUGUAUAGCAGUUUGGGACCGAAUUGCCGUCCCCUUUCUCACGCAAUUCUCUCAUUAGGACGACACUGGUCUCCGUGCAACUCAACAUCUCCACCAACAGAAAGGAAUUUUUUUUUUUUAGCAAGAAACAGGUUUUUGUAUUUUGCUAUAAUUCAGCACUAGUUAGCGAAGUGAAAAAGCAUCAGAAGUGGCUAUGCAAAACUCUUAAUAUUUGACAAAUAUAAUUGAGUAUCGCCACUAUCUUUACGUCUUCAUUAUACAAAAGAAAUUUGAAACUCCAAAAAACAAAAUUUUUAUGACCGCUUGAACGCAGGAGAUGCUUUGAUUUGAAUGCAUAGUCACGGGAAUCGACUUUUAACACCUCCUGGCUGGUCUUCUGAUUUUGGUUUGACUAUGUUUUUUUUCGGUAAAUAUGCUGCUGCACAAAAAAAGUGAGCAGUCCCGAGUUAAUCCACUGUAGUCGCGGGGAUAGCUCCGACACGCUACGGCGUCGGGUUCACGCACUGUAGGGUCUUGACGGCGAAGUAUCGGUUAGCCUUUUUCUCGCUAGUGUGCACCUCGCAGUUGUUCUUGCGACGACCGGUGAGAUGCGUGGGCGUUGCCGCCAGUGCAUCUUUCAGCGUCUCGCAAGAAGCGCAGUGCUAGCACGCGGAGACGCCGAGACGCAAGCGUCUGCCGAUUUGCACCAUACUUGUCAAGCUUUUAGCAUGCGUUCUGCUUGGGGCGGUUGGGGAUCCACCAACGAUGACUUGAUGUGCGGGCCUCGUUUUCUGGGUGAUAUUGGACGGAUAAAUACAACUGAACCCUUUCAAUCGGCGGCGGCUUGCACCACCUAGCCGAAGCUAUUAAUUUCAACAAUUAACUCCAACUAAUAAACUAAAAAUAAUGAAAAACUUUUUAUUGCUACGUCUGGUCUGGUAACGUGCCC